ACAAGUUUGGCUGUCAUGUUGGGUAAGGGACUACUUGAUGAGGCUCCUACAUCUCUUCCACGUUCUGGGGAUAUGAAAACCAGCGCCAAAAUCCAAUCUUCCGUUGGACGUGAUACUUCUCAUGCGACGGAUUUUCGUAAAAUGGUGAGGUUCUUGACCGGCACGAGUUUCUCCGCUAUUUUCUAUGUACGCUAUUCCUAUGGUUAUAUAGGAGCUGGUUAUUUUCUCAUCAUGACUGUCUUCAUAGUUCCUGUCGCAUGUGUGGCAACCGUACUCACACUAUUUCCAAUGAUAUACCUUAGUCUGCCAGUUUUCAAUUAUUCGGAGAACAAUUUGUGUAGACUCGUUAAUAAUCUGUGGGUGUCAGCGUCUGUCUAUUGUGGUCUCAAUCUUGUUGAAUACGGUGCCGAUCUUUCUGCGUAUACCGAGAAACGAUGCCUCUUUUUGGCCAAUCAUUUAGGUCUUGUUGAUCAUUUUAUUGUUAUGCAAAGUCUUCAUAAUAAAGGAAGAGUUUCAGGCAAUUGGAUGUGGGUCAUCUAUAAUAUUUGGAAGUACACACCUCUUGGAAUAAUGUGGAUGGCGCAUGGGAACUUCUUUAUCAACGGUGGAGCGUCGCGGAAAACGGCUCUAUUGAGGUCGUUCAAGAACCAUCUUCGUAAUUUUUUCUACAAAUUCGAUUACCGCUGGAUCGUUAUGUAUCCCGAAGGCUCUCGACUAUUUUUGAUCAAAGAAAGUUGUGCGCGCUUUGCUGAGGAAAUGAGACUUCAGCCACUUAGUCACUGUGUUUAUCCUCGUUCUGGUGCAGCUCAUGCUGUCAUUGAUGUCUUAGGACCUGCAAGAGGAUCUGAAGAAGGUGAUCUACUGCACUUCGUCAAAAUUCUUCUGAGUACUAGUAGUAAGUUGUCUCGUUGCGGCGGUGGGCCACCUAUCGAAUAUAUUAUAGAUGCCACUUUGGGAUAUCCUAAAGGAAUUGUUCCUGAUAUUAGAUCAAUACUGCUUGGUGAGAAGUGCUUUCCAGAUAGUGGAGUUUGUAUACAUUAUGAGGUAAUCCGAGUUAAUCCUGAAUGGCACGACGAAUCGAAAUUACAAGGCUUUCUCUAUAAGCGCUACCAAGAAAAGGUUGAUUUAGAUUCGAUCUUUAUUAUCAUUUAUGAUAUGAUGCAAAUACUGUUAAUUGUGUACGCAAAUGUAGAUUCAUACCAAUUAACGACUUGA